AUGUCUUCACAACAAAGUCAAGGCCAAGGCGGCGGGAUGCCUCCUCAGUCUGGACCUCCAUAUCUCCCAAGGACAGCAGGCCUCGGUGGCAGGCCUACCCCAUCAGUUGACGAUCCUAUCAGCGGCGUGUUACUGGGCUUGUUUGUGACCGGUGCCGCCCUCAACAUGACCAUCUUCCAGUUGAACAGGCGUCGCUCGCACAAGUUCAUCCUCUCGGCUCUCCUUUUCGGUUUCUGUAUGGCUCGAAUCAUCGCCAACGUCCUGCGCAUCGUGUGGGCUGCAUACCCGACCAACGCCCGAAUCGCCAUCGCAGCCCAGGUCUUUGCCAACGCCGGUGUCAUUCUACUAUUCGUCGUCAACUUGAUCUUUGCUCAACGCAUCCUCCGCGCCUAUCACCCGCAUAUUGGUUGGAGCAAGCCUGGCACGCUCCUAUUCCGUUUCUUCUUUUUCAGCAUCGGCGCUAUGCUCGUCAUGCUGAUCGUCGCCGUCGUCUACAACUUUUACACCAUCGACCCUCACACCAAGCACCAGCUCCGUGAUGUUCAGCUCACUGCCAUUACUUAUCUCGCCGUUUUGGCCUUUCUUCCUUUGCCAAUUAUCGCAAUCUGUCUCAUUCUUCCACGGAAGGCUCCCAUGGACAAGUUUGGUCAGGGCCGAAUGCGCACCAAGCUCGGCCUCCUUAUCUUCACCUCAACUCUGCUCACUCUGGGUGCUGCGUUCCGCGCUGGCGUCAGCUACAAGAUCCGACCCGCUACCAACCCAGCCUGGUAUCACCACAAGGCCUGCUUCUACUGCUUCAACUAUGUCAUUGAGCUCAUUGUUGUCUUUUCGUACGCCCUGUCGCGGUUCGACCGCCGUUUCCACAUCCCCAACGGCAGCAGCGGUCCCGGCGACUACUCGGGAAGCGUCAAGUCGGACAACCCUAUGUAUCGUGUCUGCACCGAGGAGGAAGUCUUUGGCGACGAUGAGCGGCCACGAGCCGAGCGGCAACAAGAGCUGGAGGAAGGCCUCAAUCGCAAGGUUAACAACGAGAGUGUCUGA